AUGGCAGAAGAAAAUCGUUCUACAGUGACUGAAUUCAUCCUGGCUGGGUUAACAGACAAACCAGAGCACCAGCUGCCCCUCUUCCUCCUCAUCCUAGGAGUCUAUGUGUUCACAGUGGUGGGGAACCUGGGCAUGAUCACACUGAUUGGGCUCAGCUCUCGUCUGCACACAACUAUGUACUACCUGCUCAGCAGUCUCUCCUUCAUUGACCUCUGUCAACCUACUGUGAUUACCCCCAAAAUGCUGGUGAACUUCAUGAUGGAGAAAAACACCAUCUCCUACCCUGAAUGCAUGACUCAACUCUACUUUUUCAUUGUUUUUGCAAUUGCAAAGUGUCACAUGUUGUCUGUAAUGGCAUAUGACCCCUAUGUUGCUAUUUGUAACCCCUUGCUUUACAAUAUUAUCAUGUCUAAUCAAGUCUGUUCCUGGAUGGUAGUUGGAGUGUACAGCAUGGGCUUAAUUCGUGCCACAGUUAACACAACCUGCAUGCUAAGAGUGCUUUUCUGUAAGGAUGAUAUAAUAAACCAUUAUUUCUGUGAUCUCUUUCCUCUACUAGAGCUCUCUUGCUCCAGUACAUUUAUAAAUGAGGUAAUGGUCUGUCCUCAAGUGCAACCAUGUCCAUCCUACAUCUUCAUCAUAGCCAGCAUCCUGCACAUUCGCUCCACUGAGGACAGGUACAAAGCCUUCAGCACCUGCAGCUCCCAUGUCUUAGCUGUUGCUCUCUUCUUUGGUUCUCUAGCAUUCAUGUACCUGCAGCCAUCAUCAGUUGGCUCCAUGGACCAAGGAAAAGUGUCCUCUGUGUUUUACACUAUUAUUGUGCCCAUGCUGAACCCUCUGAUCUACUGCCUAAGGAAUAAAGAUGUCAAAGUGUCCCUAAGUAAACUUCUUGGAAAUAAAAGUUUGUGA